AACUUCUUUGUCCCGGUCGGCGUGUUAGAGAGAGAGAGACGGACAGAGGGAGGAGAGAGAGGUAAUACCCCCUCUCUACGUCUCCUCGUCUUCUCUUCUCUUAAAAAACCGAGAGAGAGAGAGAGAGAGAGAGGCAAACGACACCGAAACGUUUCUCCCUAUAAUUAAAAAAAGAGAUUGUUACAGCAAAAAAAUUCCUCUUUCUCCCACGCAAUCAAACCCUUCUCCUCUCUUCCCUCCCUCUUCUUCCUUCACCUCUAUCCCCUCCUAUAUUUUUUCUUCGAUUACUCUGAGUUUUGCGCGAUUAUUAACUGGGUUUCUUGAAAAGUCCCAAACUUUGAACUCUUCUGGGCAGCCCUUCACUUCAUCGGCCAUAACUAUUCGUGGGUUGCUGUGCAUCUCAGGAACAGGCACUAUUUCAGGAUUAUAGAGGAGGAAGUUGGAACUGCUGCAAAUUUCAUCGCAGCUCCAGGGGUAGAAUUGAUUCUAUUCUUACGGCUUACAAGGAUUGUUACUGCAAUUAAUGCAAAGCCCAUGCUGUAAUCAUUCAUGCACAUCGGGGAAUGGACUGGCUGUGUUCUCCUGCUGCAAUUGUUUGUAAAUAAUGUUCAGUGGGGCAAAGGGUGUUAAUGCUCUUCACAUAUUUAAAUGGAAAUGGCGUGGUGAAUCAUCUUUAACAACUGGACUGCUUGAUGACGUGCAUCAUGGGAUUGAAUUGUCAGACUACCGAAGAGCUCCAAGUCCUGGUAGUGAAAGCCCUUCUGGGCUUCUUAAUGGUGAGAGCUUGAAUGUGGAACCAAUAGCGGAUUUGGACCUGUAUUUUGAGAGGCUUUACAGCUACUAUUGUGAGAAAGGGCUUUGGUGCAUUAUCAUAAAAUGGAUAGUAGAGCUCUUGAGCCUAGCUUUUACCAUAUGUUUCUCGGGAUUUUUCUUGUUAUUUGUCGAUUGGAGUGGACUUCGCAAUGCAAAAUGUGGGAUCGAUGCAGUUGAAUCUGGAAUGAUGAAGCCCUGCGAUCUGGCUAAGGAAGCUCUUUAUCCGCAUCCUUUAGUCCCUCUGACGCUUUCAAAAGCUAUUAUUGUUGGGUAUUUGGGAAUAUUUUCUAUCUACUGGAUCUUCUGUUUUUUAAGGUUCUUUGCACAGCUGAAGGACACUUUAAAAAUCCGUCAGUUUUACUACAACAGUCUCCGUGUGACUGAUAAUGAAAUUCAGACCAUGCCAUGGGCGUCCAUUCUUGAAAAGGUUGUUCAGUUGCAAAGUUCACAACAACUCUGUGUAGUGAAGGAUCUUUCGGCUCACGAUGUGGUGAUGCGUUUGAUGCGCAAAGAGAACUACUUGAUUGGAAUGCUGAACAAAGGUGUACUUGCUUUUCCAAUCUCUCAAUGGGUCCCAGGUGCUGGGCCAACGGUAAAAUUUGGCCCAAAUGGUACACGAUACCGCCUGAUGCUGACAAAGACAUUGGAAUGGACCUUAAAUUGGUGUAUACUUCAGAGUAUGUUUGACAGAAACUUUUGUGUUAGGAGGGACUUCAUUUCCAAUCCUAGAACAUUAAAGAAGAGGCUUAUGGUGGUUGGGCUUGCAAUGCUCCUUCUUUCUCCAUUUCUUGUCAUCUUCAUGCUGGUAUAUCUUUUUCUAAGGCAUGCUGAACAGUUCUAUAAUCAUCCAAGCACUGCAUCAUCUCAAAGGUGGUCAAAUCUCUCCAAGUGGAUAUUUAGAGAAUUUAACGAGGUUGACCAUUUAUUCAAACACCGAAUCAACAACAGUGUGAUGCAUGCUUCUGAUUACCUAAAGCAAUUCCCCUCUCCUAUUAUAACUAUCAUCGCAAAGUUCAUAUCUUUCGUUUCUGGUGGCUUUGCUGCUAUUCUGAUUAUCAUUGCUUUUCUGGAAGAAUCUCUGCUGGAAGGCCAUAUUUUUGGUCGCAACUUGUUCUGGUAUGCUGCCGUUUUUGGAACAAUAACAGCUAUUAGCCGGGCUGCAGUGACAGAGGAGCUUCUGGUACUGGAUCCACACGGGGCAAUGUCUCUGGUAGUCCAGCAUACACACUAUAUGCCAAAGAGAUGGCGUGGGAAAGAAAAUACGGAGACUGUACGCCUGGAGUUUGAAACUCUGUUUCAGUACUCCGGAAUGAUGCUAAUAGAAGAGAUGGCCUCAAUCUUUCUCACUCCCUAUUUGCUCUUAUUUGUUGUCCCCAAGCGAGUAGACGACAUUCUGCAGUUCAUUGCAGAUUUCACGGUAAAUGUUGAAGGUGUUGGUCAUGUAUGCAGCUUAAGUGUCUUUGACUUUCAAAAUCAUGGCAAUGGCAAUUACGGUGCGCCUUACAGCUCACCAAGCAUUAAGAGGAGUUCCCAAGGGAAAAUGGAGAAAUCAUUCUUGAGCUUUAAGAGUAGCUAUCCUACAUGGGAACCAAACGCUGAAGGGAAGCAAUUCCUCUUGACCCUUAAAAAAUUCAGGGACCAAAUGCUACAAGGACAUGAAACAAGACCGGCAUAUUCCCCUCCUAGGAUGCAGCAAUGGACCCCACGUUCCAGAGGCCUUGGGGACAGAAACAGCUUCCUGUCAAGAGGAACUCCCCAGAACAUUCCAGGAACCGGCUUCCAUUUAGGUUCAAUGUGGAUGAUCGAGGCUGAUCCAAAGAAUCCAAAGAAUUACCCUUAUAUCCUUGAUUGGUAUUAUACCUCUCGACCUCAUCAUGCGACUGAUAAUUCAAGAGAUGUUCCCCCAGGACCCUUUGACAUUGCUGCGGAAGGGUCAAGAGAGUUUUGGGUGCCACCACAUUUGCCCCAAAACGAAGCAAAAUAUGAAGAAAAUUGGAGCCAUCUCUUUGAGGACCGAUCACAGAGUCAUUUGGAAGCUUCUACAUCAGCUCCUUUCUUCCGUGAAAGUGUCUUACACCAUCAGGACUCGAGUAACAUGGAACAACACCCUAAUAAGAGCCAUUGGUGGGCUAGAAGUCGCCAACAUGGUGUAGACCCCAAAACAAGUUUCCUUGAGCCUCCGAAUUUCGCCCACAAUACUUCUCAUAAUUAUUAUGAUAAUCUCUCAGAUAGAAGCUUAUUAGAGGAGGAAGAACACCACUUAGACUGGAGAAAUUCUCAGGGUUUGUCUCGGACCUUUUACAUGAACGAUUUGGAGGCAGGUGGAGAAUUCGAUCUUCCUUUCGAUGACAUAUACAGUAGACCUUCGGAGAGCCCGACUAGGAAUUUUGAUCCCGCAAGCUCUGUGUGAUCAAGUUGCCUCUGUUCCACGAGGUUUGUGCAGAUGAAUAAUUCACCAAAUCAUGUGGAUGGGUUUCCAAGUCUGGGCCAUGAUCUUUACGCUUCUCAUACCGACCGGAGGCUCAAUAUUCUUUGUUGUAUAUAAGUUCAUUGUCAAGUAAUUGUGAACAGGCUUUGAUUUGGAGGGUAAUAGGGGGGACCCUAGAGUCUCUCCUAGCCUUCUGAAAAUGUGAAAACAGAACCAGGCCCAUUUGAUUUAUCAUCUUGGUUUCAUCCAAAUGAAGAUACUAUAUGUGUACAUUGUGGGGUCAUUGGAAUUUACCCUAAAAUGAUAGGAUGACAUGAGUUCCACCAUUGUCCUAAUGGUAUUUCUAAAAUACUAUUGCCACGUCUUUCAAUGGAUUUUCUA